AUGGGCGGGGGGAACGAGAGCCUCCCUGGCACCUUCGUCCUGCUGGGCUUCUCAGAUCACCCCGGGCUGGAGAUGCCCCUCUUUGGCGCGGUCCUGGUCUCCUACAUCUUCACCCUGGUGGGCAACGGCUCCAUUAUCCUCCUCUCCCUGGUGGAUCCCAGACUCCAGACGCCCAUGUACUUCUUCCUGGACAACCUCUCGGUGCUGGACCUCUGUGUCACCUGCACUGUCGUGCCCCAGCUGCUGGCCAACCUCUGGGGCCCGGAGAAGACCAUCGCGGCCUGGGGUUGCGUCGUGCAGGCCUACCUCUUCCACUGGACCGGCUGCACCGAGUGCGCUCUGCUGGCCGUGAUGGCCUUCGACCGGUACGUGGCUGUGUGCCAGCCCCUGCACUACAGCCUCAUCAUGCGGCCCCGGGUGUGCGUGCAGCUGGCGGCUGCGGCCUGGUGCAGCGGCCUGGCCAACUCCCUGCUGCAGGCUACGCUCACCCUGCAGCUCCCGCGCUGCGGUCACCGCAGGCUCGACCACUUCUUCUGUGAGGUGCCCGUCCUUAUCAAGCUGGCCUGCGGCGACACCAGCACCAGUGACCUGUCCCUCGUCGUGGGGGCCAUCCCCUUUGUCCUGGCGGCCCCCCUGAUGGUGCUCGUGUCCUACACGCUCAUCGCCAGGGCCGUGCUGCGGUUGCCUUCGGCCGCGGGGCGCCUCAAGGCGCUCAGCACCUGCAGCUCGCACCUGGCCGUGGUGCUCCUGUACUUCGGGCCGGCCAUCUACAUGUACCUCCAGCCCCCCGCCAGCAGCACCCAGGCCAAGUUCAUGUCCUUCCUGUACUGCCUCAUCACCCCGCUGCUCAACCCCCUCAUCUACACGCUGCGCAACAAGGAUGUGAAGGCGGCCUGGAAGCGGGUCCUGCAGCCCCUGGGGAGGUGA